UUUUGACACUGACCAAUCAGAAAGCGCGUAACACAGUGCUUCGAUAAGACCCCGGUACCCUUUCCUUUGUGCGCCAUUUUCUCCGCAAACCAGACCGAAAACACAACGCGGCUUGGGGAAUAUAGAUAUCUAGAGAAAAAAAUACCGUCGAUUUCACGAUGUCGGAAAAUAAGGGAUCAGAGGAGCAGCAGAUAGUGAAGCCAGAAGGAGCAGAACACAUCAAUUUAAAAGUCACAGGUCAAGAUGGCAGUGUGGUUCACUUCAAAAUCAAGAAAAACACACCACUACGAAAAUUGAUGUCAGCAUACUGUGACAGAGUUGGACUGAAAUUAUCAUCUUUACGGUUUAGAUUUGACGGCAAUCCAAUCAAUGAGACAGACACCCCUACUGGACUUGACAUGGAAGACGGUGAUACGAUAGAUGUAUUUGCACAACAAACUGGAGGACAACGGUAAAUUGGAACAAAAGAAAUAUCGGACUUUUAAGAGACCUCAUCUCAGCAUUCAUCAUUCAUCAUUCAUCAUUUCUCAUUGGACUUCGUAUCACUCAUAUCAUGUUGACUUUGGCAGUCCUGUACUGUCGUGAUGAAUGUUGUAAGGAUGAGAGCUUGUGCGUCGUCGAGGAGUUUUCCUGAGCUUGGUUUCCUUUGCGACGAUUCUGACUUGGUGUGGGACAUACCAGAAAUUGAGCAAAGAGUGACUUUCGAUGUAAAGACUGCGGCGCGUGGAGAUGGUGGGCACCAGGUGUGAGGCCCACACAAACUUUUCAUGUUAUUUGUAGUGUCCACAAACUAGGUCAUGUCACUUGUAUAUGUUUGUUUGUCAAAAAAACAUUUUUAUUCAUUCAGUCAUGGACAUUCAUCCCAUAAAUAUUGGUAAAUAAACAUGUGGUUGUACAGUU